AUGCCUGAGCUGAAAGGCUAUGGAAGUGCCAAGGCGAAUGGUUACAAGACCAUCGGCCACGGCCACCCUGAAAUCGAAGUCCCUGGGGUGGAAGUCACCACCCCCAUGGGGUCUCUGGGCCAGGGCAUUGCCAAUGCUGUUGGAUACCUCCGGGAUGACAUCCUGAUUUUGAUCUACGACAACAAUGCUGUGACUUGUGGCGGGCCGCUUGACUGGAUUAACAGCGAAGACGUGAACGCGAAAAUGCGGGUGUGCAGCCGGAAGGUGCUUGAGAUCGGGGACGGCAGCUAUGAUGUCUAA